UCUCAAGGCAACAGUCUCUUCCUGUUUUUGCUGCCAGCAGCUGAACUCUUAAUUCUGUCUCUCUCUCUAGACCUAGUUCUUGGUUCUGGUUCUCUUCUGGUGCUGAGAAAGAAUCUCUAUCUUCAUCUUUAGGAUUUCAUCACUUCUGGUCUCUUGACCGGUUCCAUCAGACCUUCAUGAUGAGCAUGUCUCAGACUAUGGAGACAGAGGAGGACCUGCUGACAUGUCUCCACAUAAAGUUCUACCACCCUCUGCAGAUCUCUAAAGACCUUUAUGGUUUACUCCCAGUGGGGACCAGGAGGAGACACUCAGCGGAUGAUCCAGUCAGACUGGGCCGGGACACCCAGUCCUGCUCCUACUCCCUGGUUGACCCGCGGGUGUCCCGCAAACAGCUGGCCCUUAUCGCCUACCGUCUGCCCCAGAACCCAGACCUGCUGUUCUCCAUCCAGAACCUGAGCCAGAGAGGGAGACUUUGUGUGAACAGCUCAGCUCUGGGAUUCCUGGAGAGGAUGGAUCUCCCCGACAAGGCUCUGAUCCGGUUUGGGGAAUACGAGAUGCUGAUCCUGCGUGAGUCUGGGGAGGCCAAAGCCAGCUUUGAGGUGGACUUUGAUGUGCUGGCGGUGCCUCCAUCCAGAGAGACGUGCAGCUGUGGUCCUGUUUCCACACCAGUGAUGGACACGGGUUUAAUGAACCACAUCACAGCUGAGAUCAGAGGACUUGGACCCCAAGAGACCGAUGAGACCCUGAUCUGUCACUCAUAACAAAGAAUAACUUCUACAGUUUCAUUCCAAAACUGAACUUGAGGACAGAAACGUGUGUAUUUUCGUUCCAUUUAGGUUCAGACAAGCUGACAUCUAUCUUCUGUCAUGGCUGCAUCAAGCAAAAAAUCUGCGUCUUGUUUUCCUAACAGUUUCUCUUCGUACCGACUGACAUUUUAGAUAGUUUUCAAUAAAAAAGCCUGCAGAUAUUGUCUCACUGCAUCUGGACACGACGAUUCACAAGUAAAAUUAAUUGGUUAUAGUUAUGAGAUACUGUAUUGUGUACGUAAACAGCUAGCGAGGGUCCGUCCGUGGACCGUGUGUGGCAGGAGAGGCAGUUAGCUAAAAUUGUAAUGCAAAAAGUUCCUUUGCCAAAUUUAUAAAGUCUACAUACCUCUG